AUGAUUGAUGUUACGAAAAUAAAAGAAGAUCUUCAAAUUUUAGAGAGUAUGUUUCCAGAGGUACAGAUUUUUCCAGCAGUAGAACUAAUAACUGAGAGAACAAGAUCUAUAAGGGGUAGGCUCCAUUUUGAUAUGUUUACUUCUAGUGAAGACCUAGCUGUCUACUUUAAUGAGGAAUCAAUUAUGUUGACUAAGCUACCAGGGAAUACUUUACGAUUUAACAUAGAUAUAAUAGAAUAUCCAUCCUUCAAGAAUUGCAUGGAGCUCAAAUUACAAUCAAAUUAUCUUCCACAGGAUAAGAUAAAUCUCUAUUUCCGAACACUUCACAAAGAAUUUGACGAUAUGACUGAUGUACUCUCUGAAAAGUAUGAACCUGAUACACCACUAAUGAUGCUCCUUUUUAACCACUUGAUGUAUGAUUCUAUAGAUAUGAUAUUCCCAAAUCACAAGAUCAUAUGCACAUCUGAUACAGAUUUCCUUUUGUAUACUGGUAUACUACAUGAAAUAAAACAGGAUACCUAUAAUAAAUCUAAUUACGACUGUUGUAUAUGUAUUGAGACAAAGAAGGGAAAAGAUAUGACCGAACUUCCUUGUGGGAAGGAUCAUCGCUUAUGUUCAUCAUGUAUCGUAUCGUAUUAUUCUAAACUGAUUAAAGAUGGGCAUAUCACAAGCGUAAGAUGCCCUGAAUGUGAGUAUCGUGAACUCUAUUUAAAUGACUACACAGAUUACAAAACUAUGGUAAAGGAUAUUUUUACGCCGGCUAUCCCAUUUCAAUUUUUCAGAGGUAUUCUUCCAGAUGAUUUAUGUGAGAGGUAUGAAAACUUAUUCCACUCACAAUCUGCGGUUAAACUUUCGAAGCAUUCUCCUUACUCCUGUGUCACUUGUAGAAAAUGUGAUACAUGGUGUGUCAAAGUUGAUCUCGAUGAACCUAUGAUGAGAUGCCACAAAUGUGAAUCUACCUUUUGUUUCGAUUGCUUACAUUCAUGGCACGGUUACAACAACAAAUGCGGUUCAAAAGCAACAUUACCUAGCGAUGUUUUAGAGGAUUAUAUCGAUGUUAGGGAUACGGACAGUGACCGUAAGAAGAAACUAAUUUCAGCAUAUGGAUUAAAGAUACUGGAAAAAGAGACCAGUAAUUACUUGGCUGAGAAGAUGCUAGACAUUGCAAUUUCUGCUGAAGGAUCAGAUUUACAACGGUGCCCAAAAUGUCGUGUAGUAGUUCAAAGAAGUGAGGGUUGUAAUAGGAUGAGGUGUGGGAUUUGUAGCACCGUAUUUUGUUAUCUGUGUGGCAAUAGUUUAUUUUCUGAUGAUAGUUACGAACAUUUUAAAGAAAAAUACUCUCCUUGUUAUGGAAGAUUGUUUGAAGGCAUGCCAGGCACAGAAGAUUAA